AUGAAUAUUACUAGGCCAUAUGCCACUUACAUAUCUGAUACAGCGGCUGGUUUCAUCAUAAACUUCAGCAUUUUGGGUACAAUAGGAAACAUAUUGACAAUAAUUGCAUUUGGAACAAUAUCAGAUUUAAUAUUAUCAGCAAUUUCAUUACCAAUUCUUUCUGGACAAUUAUUAUUUGAUAAUUGGUUAUUUGACAAAACUUUAUGCAGAGUUUCAACAGUUAUAUUAUAUGGUAAUUUAAAUGUAACACUUUUGAGUAUGACUGCAAUUGCCAUCACCAGGUAUUUCAUGGUUUUAAAACCAACUGUUUAUCCAAGAUAUUUUACUGAUAAGAAUGUCAGUACUACAAUGAUUUUAAUUUGGAUAUUUAGUUACUUAGAACGUGUACCACCAACUUUUGAUUUGUGGGGAACAAUUGAUGUUGAUCCAAAAACAUUUUUUUGCGGUAGUUUUCCGAAUGAAGGUCAAUCGAUUGAUCCAAAUCUUGUGCUCGGUCUUAUUGCAUUUUUUACACCAUGUCUUGUUAUGAGUUACUCAUACGUAUCAAUUUAUUUAAAAAUUAAAAAAACACGUGAAAAUGUUAAAACACAUGAUAGGGUAUUAAUUGAUUCGAUUGAUGAUGAAAAAUAUUAUCCAGAAUUACAUGUUUUCCAUACAGUACUUAGUUGUGCAAUUGUUUUUAUCAAUCCAAUUAUUUAUGCUUGCUCAAAUAAACGUUAUAGAAAUGCAUACAAAGCAAUUUUUAAAAGUGGUGGUAAUGAUAGUAGUCAUCAACCAGACAUUAGUUGCCAGACUCCACGUUGUUUGCCAACCAAAUAA